UCAACUCCCACUGAAGCAUCACCCGCCAGACGUUUCGUUCCAAUUCAAGCAAUACCAGAUCUUCGUUCACCAACCAACUAUCCAACUCGAACUACCUUACAGCCACGACCUCUGAAAUGUCUUCAAACAUCUAUGCCCAGAAGUAUGCGUGAUAUGCCAAAAAUUGAAUAG